AGAGGGCGCUGGGUGGGCCCCGACGGGGUGAGUGCGUGGUAAGCAGCAGCUCCCUUGCGGUGCACAGCAGCCGCAGCUCCGCCCCAGUGUAGACCGCGAAACAUGGCAGUGCAGGGGCAACGGCCCUUCUGCCGACAGCAGCUCAACACAGGGUAUUUUGUGGAAAGCCCCGGACACAUGACAGUGCUGCCAACAGCAGCUUGGCACAGGGUGUUUGCGCGGGCAGACCUUGCAGGCGCGCAACCCUCCGCACAUCCGCACAUGGGGCUACCACUGAAAAUUGCUUGCAACAGAUCUUUAAGGCGGGCGGAGUAAGGAAGUGAAUGGAACGGAGCGGCCGGGUCACCGGGAUAGGAACGGCCACCGCACGCUCCGUGCAUGAUAGGUCUGCCCGCGCAAACACCCUGUGCCAAGCUGCUGUUGGCAGCACUGUCAUGUGUCCGGGGCUUUGCGGGGCAAAGAAGUGCCACUCUUUGAAAGGACUUUCCUGCUUUCCAGCUGCACAAAGGCCUAACCUGUGGCCAAACCUAAGGUCAAAGAGUUUGCUGAUGCUGUGCGCAGCAUAUGCUGACCUACGGCUGCACCGCCCCAUUAGUAUGCAGCUCGCGGUGUCUUUUGGCCCUGCUCGUGAGAUGCCCUCCCAUCCAGACGCCGGU